CAGGAGACAAUGUUGACUGCUGGAUGGAGAUCCAGGAUGGCAAAGGACCCUGGGCCAGCCCUGUGACCGGCAUUGUGCCGCUAGGAUCCACACUGACCAUGGUUGUGGCUAUCAAUGAUCCAAACGCCGAGUUCGACAUGCGAGUGAAGGAGUGUGAGGCCUCUGACGGGAAGGGUCGUCCCAUCUACCUCUCUGACGAGAACGGCUGCGUGCUGCGCCCAAAGAUGAUCAGCAAGUUCAUGAAACUACGCAGCAACGACGGCCGAUCCACAGUCAUCACGUACGCCCACUUCCACGCCUUCAAGUUCCCCGACAGCAUGUACGUCCACCUCAAGUGCAAGGUCGAGAUCUGCCGCUACGGGUGCCCGGACCACUGCCAGAAGGCUGUGGCCGGAGGUUACGCUGCUCCUUCUGCAGUUUCUGCCCAGUACGCGGCCCCCGAGGCGCGUGGGUACGAGGAGGGUGGUCUGCCCGCCGCCUCUCAGUACUCUCCUGUGGUGUCAAACUCGCUGGACGAGGCGGCACCGAGUGCCGAGGAGCAGGCACCGGUGGUGGUGCAGGCUGAGCUGGCCGAAGAUUACGACUCACCGUCAGCGCCAGUCGCCGAGCAGCUCCAGCAGAGCGCUCCGGCCGCCGCCCAGGACUUGGAGAACUACUCCCCUCCUCCGCCGGCCGCCGACGAGCCGGUCUUGGCCGUACCGCAGCCAGCCGCGCGGCCAGGACCCAAGUUCCGCGCACCUCCGCGCCGCCGUCGGCCGCAGCAGCAGCGGAGACGUCCGGGACCGCGCCGGCCGCUCCACAAGCGUGUCGACCUGGCUCGUCCCGCCGGCAGCGGUCAGACGAUCCGCGCUAUCCCGCUGCCUCUGCCCCCUCGCGGAGGCGUCAACCGCCAGAACAUGCCGGAAGAGCUGCCGCAGCUGCCGGAACAUCUCCAGCCGGUGCUGUACGCUCCCAGCACCCAGGACGUCAUCGGCAAACCCGAGGCGAUCCCAGUGCCCUUCGAGACAGACGGACGUCAUGCCGCCUCAGGCGCCACCGGUGACGGAGAGCAGACCUCAGACGCCGGUCUGGGCGGCAUCGACCGCUCCGAGUUCCCCUGGGGACCACGGCAGCUCAAGAUCCGACGGAAACGCUUCGUCGUGGACGAGCCAGAGGCGAAGGCGACCGACAUCGGCGUCGGAUCGCUGCUCGAGGUUAUCUCUGAGAAUGACCUCCAGUUCGAGCCGACCUACGAGGACAACCAACGAGUGACCAUCUUCCAGGGUCAGAUCCGGGACGACAUUGUGUACGGCAUCUGUCUGCCGGCGGCCGGCUUCUCGGCGCUGUUUGUGCUGCUGGCUAUGUGCGCCGUUAUCUCGGUGCUGGUGGCUGGCUUCCUCUGCCAGCACCGACAGAUGCAGAAGGACUCGAACCGGCAGCCGGCGGCGGUGCCGCUCCGCGACUGGAGCAUGGUGCACUUCCUCCGGCAGCGCUUCCAUCCGGCGCAAUGAGUGGGUGUUGACGCUGACGUUCUAAAACGACACGUGCGCGGAGACGCUCGUGGACUUUAACCGCAGCGCCACCUACCCUCCUGCAGCUCUCGCUCCUGGCGGAGGAGGCUGAGAGGCCAGAGACGCUCACGCGCAGAGCGGUGGCGUACUAGCGGCCCGCGCAGGCCUCCUCUGCGGAAACUGUGGAUGUGGCUCUCUCGCAGCGUCUCUAACAAACGUGAUGAGCGUCCUGCGUAGAGACUAUGCCGAGACCACUGCAGCGUGGUUUGAAAUGCCACCUUGCCCGCCGCGUGAGAGACCAACGCCAGUGACGUGACAGACUGAAACAUUCUACAAGUGUUCGCAGCUAGAAAGCGAACAUCUAAGUGGAGGACAAAGUGGCCUGCUCACUCGCUGAUUGGCUAGGACAAGCCCACCCCGCUUGUUUUAGCCAAUCAGCGCCUAAAGGCUCGGGUAAUGUUGAACGUUCUGUGAACAUUGCUUCAGGAUGCCUUUGGGAAAGGGUAGUAGCCGCAAGGACUAAUCUAGGUUGAGUGACAUCGCAUGCAAGUGAACGAUUUGAGCAUAUGUGAUUCGUGUAGACUGUAGGCUUUGUGAGCUUUGAUCAUGUAAAAGCAUUGGAAAACCUGGAUGCGUUUCGAUAGCAAAUUACUAGGGUAAUAGUCUAUCUUCGGCUACUCGUAUUGCUCGUCAAAGUUGCAAUGCUUGCUAAAUUCCCAACGACUCAGAAGAAGAUAAUAUACUCAUCUUAGGUCUAUUUUGCGAUAUUUAUGAUUCAAUGUUAUUUAUUAUGUUAUUACGACAUUGUGUAUGUGUGAUUGUUAUAACGGUGGACCCGGCGUGACUUGACGUGGAUAUGUAUUGUCCGUCCACGGUUGGCGUUCUGCCAAGAGACGAUUCGGGCGCCAUUUUGUUUUGGUGACGAGAACCCUGUGGCGUGACGCGCUCGAUGUGUGAAGGACUCUGAUAAUUUGCUCAAUUGUUUGCUUUACAUCCAAGCUGACAGAGCCUGGCAUACUGCGUGCUUCACCAAUCAGUAGGCAUUAUCUGGCGCACUAACUGAGCGAAACCUAGGAAAUGCCACAUUCUUGUCCCUUCGCUGUUACUCGUUGGACAUUUUGUUGUCUGUUAUUGUCAGGUUUUCUGCGCGAUUCGAUGUUUCUCCUGUUGUCUGUUCUUACUUAACUAUUUAUUGACGCGUAAUAAACAAUAACCUGGU